AUGGACCCAAACUGGACAUCUCUUUGCCCACCUAUGCAGACUUACUUCUUGAAUAUUCCUCGCGAUGUCAGCUACGAUUAUUACUUGCUUGUGGUGACCUCACUGAGUAUUUUUCUCAGUCUCAUAGCAACAUUGAGUAACAGUAUUGUCGUGUUUACUUUAUUGAAGACACCAUCUCUAAGGACACCGUCUAAUUUCCUGAUAGUUGGGCUCGCGGUUUCAGACUUUAGUACAGGUGUGGUGGUUUUACCAAGUUUUAUUUCUUACAAAGUGUCGGAGCACGCGCGUGAUGUCCAUGUCUUCUGUCCGACUGGCAUGCUAUACGUUGCAACUGGCACAGCUCUUUCGAUGAUAUCGUUUUUAACUUUAUCGACUAUCACUGCAGAUCGAUUCCUUGCAGUACAACUUCAUCUACGAUACAAACAAUACGUUACAACUAAGCGCUACGCUUUCCUUCUAUUUCUAUACUGGGGAUUCUGUAUUUUCAUCGUGGUCUGUAGGUUCAGGUUUUUCAACAGUUACACUUUAAUGACUGGAAUUGUACUCUUGUCUCUUUUCCUAGCCAUGGACGCAUUUUUCAUAUUAAAAGUAUCCAAAGUUGUGCACAGGCACUCUGUACAGAUACAAGCGCAGCAUCAGCAGAGUACAGAACAACCAUUGGAUAUGGCAAGGUUUAAAAAGACCGUCAAUGUAAUGUACUACAUUAUCGGAGCCUUUGUGCUGUGUUACAUGCCCCUCUUAGCAGCAUUGGUCGUUCUUUUUAUUAAUUCUGAUUUUAGUCUUGAAAUUCGUGGAUGGUUUACCAUAGCUGAAUUGUUUCUUUUGUCAAAUGCAGCUGUUAAUCCAGUCAUAUACUGCUUUAGAAUCAAGGAGAUAAGAGAUGCUUUCAAAAAACUAUUGCCCAAGAGGAGACAUUGA